CACUCACACAUGCAGGAGCAUAAAUAUAACACCUCAUGUUAUUGUUUUUGGUAUGCGAGUGAAUGAAACUUAGAAUUAGGAUUCUCCCCCUCUCCCUCCCUCUGUUCAUCAUGUUUUCCGCCAGAGACAUGCCUUCUCCGUCCUCAAUUUUCUCGGCCUAUGCCUCCAUGACUGCCUCCGUCAUGCUGUUCCGUUCCCUGGCCAACGACCUCAUACCUCAUCCCCUUCGAGGUUACCUCCUUUCCGCUUUUCGCUAUUUCAUCAAGUCUUCCUCCACCGCUCUCACUCUCGUCAUCGAAGAAUCCACCGGAAUUACUCGCAACCAAGUCUACGAAGCUGCAGAAGUUUACUUAUCCACCAUAGUUAGUGCCAAUAACGAGAGGCUCAAGAUCAGCAAGAGUCCCAAAGAAAAGAACUUGAAGAUUCGCCUGGAGAAGGGUGAGAAGCUGGUGGAUUCGCACAAUGGGAUUGAGCUCAAAUGGAGAUUCGUCUGCGCAGAGUCUAACAACAACAACCGCCAUGAUUUAGACAUCGCUUCUAGAACGGAAAGGCGAUACUUCGAGUUGAGUUUCCACAAGAAGCACAAGGACACGGUGUUGAAAUCUUAUCUUCCCUUCAUCCUCGAGACAGCCAAGACGAUGCGAGACAACGAAAGGAUAUUGAAGAUGCAUACUUUAAACACCUCCUACUGUUAUCCGGGGGUCAAGUGGGAUUCUGUCAACCUCGAACACCCCUCCACCUUCGAGACCCUGGCUAUGGAGCCGGAGCUGAAGAAUGCUGUGAUAGAGGAUCUGAAUAGGUUCGUGAAGAGGAAGGAGUUUUACAAGAGAGUCGGGAGGGCGUGGAAACGCGGCUACUUGCUGUAUGGACCUCCGGGUACCGGGAAAUCGAGCUUGAUCGCUGCCAUGGCUAAUUACUUGAAGUUUGAUAUCUAUGACCUUCAGCUUGAAAACAUCGCGAGAGAUUCGGACCUCAGAAAGCUGCUUCUGGCCACUGCUAAUAGGUCCAUUCUAGUGAUCGAAGACAUUGAUUGUAGCGUGGAUCUGCCAGAGCGCCGCCACGGAGAAGGACGUAAGCACACCGGCGAAGCACAGUUGACGUUGUCUGGGUUACUGAACUUUAUAGACGGGCUUUGGUCAAGUUGUGGAGAUGAGAGGAUCAUUAUAUUCACCACCAACCACAAGGAAAGACUAGACCCAGCUCUGCUGCGUCCGGGUAGAAUGGACAUGCACAUUCACAUGUCCUACUGCUGCUACCAUGGCUUCAAGCUGUUGGCCUCAAAUUACCUGGGAAUUUCCAGUGACCAGCACCAGCAUCUGUUUGCAGAAAUAGAAGGGCUCAUAGAGGACACCCACAUAACCCCUGCUCAAGUAGCAGAGGAGCUGAUGAAGAGUGAAGACUCUAAAGACGCGCUUGAAGGGUUAGUGAAGUUGCUUAAGCGCAAGAAAAUGGAAGGCGAUGUGUGUGAGAAUGAUGUCCCAGAGAAAUCAUUGAUACGGGAAACCAAGAAGAGAAGAGUUAAUUGCAAGCAGGGCAAAACCGUGGGCCUGGGCAAGAGGAAUGGUGGGAGUACACCGAGAAGGACAAGAAGAGGAACUAGCUUGUAAACAUUUAGGUAGAUGGAAAGCAAUAAUCAUGGACCAGUGUUUUCCAAUAAUAAAAAUUGGUGAUGUAGCAUGUAGGUGUCGGCUUUUCGCUGGAUGCUUUGCUGUGCGGCCUUCUUUUCUUUCACAUUCGUGUUUCAGGUUUAUAUGCUAUGGUCACAACGCACGAGUCACAGCAAAAGAAAGUGUCAAGAAUUGGCUAUUUAGAGUAAUAGAACGCGUCAGAUCCUCGCUUCCUUA